GCCAACGAGCGACAAAGUUCCCUGUCACGGUACACUCGGGCACGACGGAGAAGGGUAUACCUGGUUACCCCCACUACCGGGGGUGAAAACUACCCCGAGAGCGCGUGGGGUGUCCGGCCUCGGCGCCGAGGCGAACCGAGCGCGUCCGAAGUGAGCGCAGUGCCCGACACACCAGGUCCCGCACGGCACGACUAGGCGCACCGUCCGGCACAGUCCACUCAGAGAUACGACCCAUGCUGGACCAUCGUCGCUCUGGUCCACGCCGGCAGCAGGCAUCCAGCAUCCGCGCGUCAGGCGACACGAGACAGGAGGUCGUCGAACAGGACGACCGGGACACGGUUUCUCGUGGUCCUGGGAGCAACCAGUCGUUCGCGGCGGCAAGAACUAGGGACCAACGUCGUCAUCGUCGUCGUGGUCGGUGUACAGUGUACACAAUUGGCCGAGCGGAGAUGCGUGACGGACGAGGAUAGUUCGGUAGCUAAGUGUGGCGCGCGCUUUCGAUUCGUCCGCGAACAGAGAGACCGAUCGGAGAGGACGGUGUUGUGUUGUAUGUGUGUGUGUAUGUGUUACCACGGCAGCGUGUUACGACAGAGUCACAGUCGGAGUUCCAACAGCGGACAGUCGGCCGUGUCGACGACAGGACAUAGUUUGUUUGCCUUAUUCGCAAGAGGGGAAGAUCCGUGAAACGAUCGACGCGCGACGGCCACCGAGUGAUCGAACGAAAGGGAAAUAUCGUUGCAAAGUGAUGAGGGAAAAACUCUGAUAGAUAUCGUCGUUGGUGCUAACUGGUUGGAAUCUGGUUGCGAUCGUAGGCCGGCGGCCGGCGAAAGAGGAACACAGGCUGUCGCACCUGUGCGCGCGGACCGCCUCGGUCAUUUUUCCCUCUGCCCUCGUGCCGAUCGCGUACACCUCUUCGUCCGGUGUCGUGUCGUCGUAUGUGCGCCGCGACGUCGAGUGCCGUCUCGUCUGGCUGUCGCGAACGCGCCGACCAGUACGCCAGCCGAGGAACAUGAGGACGAACAUUAGUUGACGAAGACGCGCGUGUCCGGCCGAUUAUCAGUUUCGCGGUGUCAGUCUCGGCCAGGUGCCGAUCGAGGAACGAAUGAUACCGGUGUUAACCAAAGGGGGUUGAGUUUUAUCCGUGAAACGAGAAACGAGUAAGCCGAAAGGCAGUGAAAACAGUUGUUCGAGGUGGAAACAGGUGAAACGUCGGAUGGACUCGUUUGAGAGCAACAACAGCGAGGGGCGGAAGUGAGGGGGAGGAGGGCAGAAGCGUGACGAUCGUCUACCGAGCUUUCCCGGCCGAAGGAACUGUUUUCCUUCCAACGUGGUCGUCGCCUCCCCCUUUUCUUCUCGCCUCCCCUGCAAAAGAAAAAAAGAAACAAAAAGUUCGCGCGAAAACUCGUCAGGAAGAGGAAAAUCAUUCGACAACCGCUCGCUUCCGUCCUGGACGACGUUCGAGGGAAAGAUCGCGUACGUCGAGCAUAGAUCGUGCGACGAAACACGAGGAAGAUCGAGAACGUCACCAUGAGGAUCAAAAUGCCCGCGGUCAGGAUCGCGCAAGCGGAAACCUCGCAAGGCACCACAUCACCAGACACCGUCCAAUGCGGGGGUUGCAGGGUGUCCUACCCCCUUGGCGAGAUCGUACGGUUCAUCGAGCAUAAGGUCAACCACUGUCGAAGUACUCUUCAGGGUUGCCACAGUCCACCGGCAACAGCGGCACCGGAAGAUUCUGACCCAGAAGACGCGCUCGCUUUGAAGACCGUCGAUCAGGACUCGAAGCUGAACUCGGUGCCCAGCAUCUCGGCGCCCAUCAACAAGAGGGGCGGGGGCAGGUUAGAAAGCCCUCCGACGCCUCAGGGAUCGGGACCGGAUACCGGAAGCCCGAUCGAGCUAAAGGCUAGCGCUAGCUCGACACCCAAACGACGAACCGAACCUUCCGACGAGGAUAAAGAAGAUCUUCCGAAGAAGCCGAAGACCGAGUCUGUCGAUGCUGACACGAAUACUGUCAAUUCUGAACCAAGAUGGCUGCAGUGUUCGCAAUGUUCCAGAAGGUUAUCCUCCGCCUGGGAGCUGCUGCAGCACGUGCAGAGCAUCCACGGCGCCAGGCUAUACACCUCCCCAUCGUCACUGACGAACUCUUCGUCAAACACACCAGCACCGAGUCCACCAACGCCUACCCCAACCCAUACUCAUCACCUAAGUCCGCCGAAUCACUUGAAUCUCAGCAGUAAAUCUACCGGGAGUUCAUCGGCGGCCAACUCGUCCGGUGGUACCAACUCGAGUGGCAGCAGCGGUGGACGACAACAGCUUCAAUCGUCCGCCUCGCUGGUCGGUGAUCCGCUUCACAGUUUUCUAAGGCUACCUCAACACCUGGAACGAAGUUUCCCGCCGAUGUUCAGGCCGGACUUCCUAGCCCUGAAUCCGCUGGCCGGGUACAGAGGCCUUCAGGAGCUGCAGACCGCGACCAGGAACAUCCAGAACCUGGGCGAUCCUCUUCGAGGCAUGGACGGUCUGAAUCUCGGGGAUCCUUUGGUGCGUAGCUCUUUGGACUCCCUGAACAACGCCCGUAACCUGGCAAACCUGGCCGAACUGUCGCACGGCCGUGCCCUUGCCAGUCAGGCGCAUCCUCCACCACUCGAGGCCAACCUGGAUUUUUACUCGGCGCGCCUAAGGAGCCUCGCUAAUCCGUCCUUAGGCGCGGCUCCUCCAAGUAGCGGGAAUACCACGACGAAUUCGAAUCCCCCUGCCCCGGUACCGCCUGUACCAGUGCCAAGUACCGUCCAGCAGCAACAGCAAUCGCAACAGCAGCAACCGCCAGUCCAGAACCACGUUCAACCAGUACAACCACCCAGCCCAGCCGCGAACAAUCCGACGAUUCUAACGCACAACAAUCAUCAGAAAGAGAAUUCGCCGCCCUGCUACAGUCAGAGCCCGGUCGGUCAUCACAACAACAACAACUCGACCGACAGCGAAAAGACUAGUCCACCGGUGGCGUCGACGCCCAUCAUAGCCGACUCCGCGUCGGAGACCAUCUACUCGUGCGAGGUGUGCGACAAGAAGUUUCGCUUCCAGUCGAACCUGAUCGUACACCGGAGAAGCCAUCGGGAGAAGGAAAGGCAGUACCAACAGGAGAACACGCAGGACGGUCAGACGACCCUGACCAGGUGCGAGGUGUGCGAAAUGGAGGUGACUAAUUUCGCGGAGUUGAGGAAACACAUGAGGAAGGAACACCAGGAGAAUCUGAACGCGGCUGCCAGUCCACAGGGCAGCGUCGAAACCGUCCCGGAUGACGGUUCCAGCUGCGACGAAAACAUGGACCUCGACGAGGCGGAUGAGAACGAGCAGAAGGCCGAACGAGAGGACACCGAAGAGAAUACUCCGGAAGAUCUAAGUACAACUCAAGGUCAAAGCGGAGAGGAGAGUAGCGGUCGAGUGGAACAGAAGCCGGCCAGUCUGGUCGGUGACCUGAUGGAAAAAUUUGGAUUGAGCAACAUAGCUCAGUACUCGGAGGCUUACAGGCAGGCUCUGCAAGAGAACCAUCGAGGCGGUUUCAUCAAGACCGAACCACCGUCCAACUUAACCAACUCUCUGAACAACAACAAAGAGAAGGACAGCGCUCUGUCGCCCACCAACUUCAAUUCCUCGACCACCCCCAACAUAUUCUCCGGUCAGGGUUUUCCCAGGUCCACGGGGCCAGACUUCGGUGGUCUGUGGCUACCAAAUCCUCAUUACCUAGAGAACAACGAAUUCCGCAAAGCAUCGAAGGCCACCACCUCCAGUCUGGCUCUACAAGGCCUGCCCAGUCCUCUACUGAAGAAGGAACGAAGCGGUAGGAACGACACGUGCGAAUAUUGUGGCAAAGUGUUCAAGAACUGUUCCAACCUGACGGUGCACAGGCGGUCGCACACCGGUGAGAAGCCGUACAAGUGCGAGUUGUGUUCUUACGCGUGUGCGCAGAGUUCGAAGCUGACGAGGCACAUGAAGACUCACGGUCGACACGGCAAGGACACUUACAAGUGUCGUUUCUGCGAGAUGCCGUUCUCGGUGCCCAGCACGCUGGAGAAGCACAUGAGGAAGUGCGUGGUGGUGGUGCAGCAGGGUCCCAAGUUAGGCAUGCCGUAUCCUGGUAGCCAGGACGAGGACUCUUCGUUGAGUACCAAGGAUACUUGAUCUUGGAACGGAAGCCUACCGCCGAUCCCGCCACUGUGGCCGCACAGGCCACCCUACCCGGUCUACUGAAGAGGGGAUCUUCUUCGGGAGAGAAGCAGAGGCAGAGUUAAGCGAAAGGCGAAUCCUAAUCUAACUGGAGUCCAAGAUCGGAUCGAUCUUAACCGUGCGACGCGUCGUCGCCCAAUGGCGAUCUACUCUGGAGGAUCUCCCUAAAUCGUCCAAGGUCGCCAUCUCAGGAUUAGGAGAGAGGUGGUAGGUCGGUGAAAGAAUCGCUAACCGAUCGAAAGACCUGGAAACGGUCCUAACAAGAGUAUAAACACGAACAACGAUGAAAUGGACCUCGCAGUGAAUGCUGGAUGAAAGCAACGAGGGUCCUGUCGAUAAGGAAGAGCGAACCGAAGGAGGAGGGUUCGAUGAAGAUGAAGAUGAAGAGGAAACGAGCAGUCACGAAGGGCUGCUGCUCAGUUUUAAUUCAACUAGAGAAACGAACGAAUGGUUACCACUUUGCGAGUCUCAGCACAGUUAUUUAAACUAUAAUCCUUAUAAAUAGUUAUAAAUAAAGACGCUAUAAAUACUGAAUAUACAUAUAUGUAUACAAGAUAAAGAAUA